AUGGCAGGAAAACCGAUCUUCUGCACGACACAUCCAAGGGCCUGUAGCACGGCUUUUGAGAGGGUGUUCAUGACUCGGAAAGACCUGGCCUGCGUGCAUGAACCAUUUGGCGACGCAUUCUACUAUGGACCCGAGCGCCUGAGCUCUCGGUUUGAGAAUGACGAGGAGACCCGCAAGGGCACCGGAUUCGCGAACUCUACGUACAAAACGAUCUUCGAUCGCCUGGAGCGUGAGGGACAAGAUGGUAAGCGCAUCUUUAUCAAAGAUAUAACGUACUAUCUUAUCCCGCCGAAUGGCGUCGCGCCACAGAUCGCUCCCUCCGUGGCUCCCAAGAAACGCGGCAUUGGCACCUCCCGACCAACUACCCCCAAGGAACACGGCACCAACGGCUCUAAGGGUAGUGCGAAUGGAGCGCCAUACCCGUACUAUCACGCCGAGACCGAUAAUCCCACGGUGGUACCACGCGAGUUGCUCGACCAAUUCCAAUGGACAUUUCUGAUCCGUGAUCCUCAUUCAAGUAUACCAUCAUGGUAUCGAUGCACGAUCCCGCCAUUGGAUGAGGUGACUGGGUUCAGUGAGUUCUAUACGAACGAAGCUGGCUAUGUCGAACUGCGCCAAAUGUUCGAUUUUCUGCGUGCGACUGGCCAAGUCGGGCCUCGAUUAGCAGGCAAGGGCGGUCAUGACGAAGAUAACGGAGAGAAUGGUGGCCCGGUUCAGGCCAAGGACAACAACACUGACAUUUGCGUGGUUGAUGCUGAUGAUCUUCUGGACAAUCCGGAAGGCAUUGUUCGAGGCUUCUGCGACGCUGUAGGCCUCGAAUUCUCUACGCGCAUGCUCAACUGGGACAAUGAAGAGGAUCAGCUUCGUGCCGAGCAGGCCUUCGAAAAGUGGCGCGGCUUCCACGAAGAUGCGCUCGAGUCCAAAGAUCUCAAGCCAAGGAAACAUAAGAAAGCUGCCAAGACCGAAGAACAAUGGGAUGCCGAGUGGAAGGAAAAGUACGGCGAAGAGGCAGCUAAGAUGAUUCGCAAGACCGUUGACGAGAAUAUGGACCACUACUUGUACCUCAAACAAUUCGUACUCAAGGUCUGA